AUGAUACUCAGACCGUUAUUCACAUUUCAUGGUUACAUGAUGCUCAGACCGUUAUUCACAAUUCAUGGAUACAUGACACAGACCGUUAUUCACAUUUCAUGGAUACAUGAUACUCAGACCGAUAUUCACAUUUCAUGGUUACAUGAUGCUCAGACCGUUAUUCACAUUUCAUGGAUACAUGAUGCUCAGAUCGUUAUUCACAUUUCAUGGAUACAUGGUUACUCUGUCCGUUUUUCACAUUUCAUGGAUACAUGGUUACUCAGACCGUUAUUCACAUUUCAUGGUUACAUGAUGCUCAGACCGUUAUUUACAUUUCAUGGUUACACGAUGCUCAGACCGUUAUUCACAUUUCAUAGUUACAUGAUGCUCAGAUCGUUAUUCACAUUUCAUGGAUACAUGGUUACUCAGUCCGUUUUUCACAUUUCAUGGAUACAUGAUGCUCAGAUCGUUAUUCACAUUUCAUGGUUACAUGAUGCUCAGACCAUCGUUAUUCACAUUUCAUGGAUACAUGAUGCUCAGAUCGUUAUUCACAUUUCAUGGUUACAUGAUGCUCAGACUGUUAUUCACAUUUCAUGGAUACAUGAUAACUCAGACCGUUAUUCACAUUUCAUGAUACUCAGACCGUUAUUCACAUUUCAUGGUUACAUGAUACUCAGACCGUUAUUCACAUUUCAUGAUACUCAGACCGUUAUUCACAUUUCAUGGAUACAUGAUGCUCAGACCGUUAUUUACAUUUCAUGGAUACAUGAUACUCAGACCGUUAUUCACAUUUCAUGGUUACAUGAUGCUCAGACCGUUAUUUACAUUUCAUGGAUACAUGAUGCUUAG